AAUGGCAUGGCUACGUAAAGCCGGGUUAAUCAAAUAUGGGUCUUGAUUAUUACCAGUUACUAAAUAUACCUCGAAGUGCUGACCAUGCAGAGAUAUGCAAGGCUUACCGAAGACUAGCUUUACGCUAUCAUCCUUGCUGCGCCCAACCUGGAGAAGACUUUAGUGAAUGCUUUUCGGCCAUCUCAGAGGCCUACGAUGUCCUGUCAGACUUAAAAAGGAAGGCAAUUUAUGACCGAUUUGGAGAAGAAGGUUUGAAAGGUGGUGCACCAAUUAAUUCAGAAUGGACGAAGCCCUAUGUAUAUCAUGGAGAUGCACACAAAACGUUCAUGUCUUUCUUUGGAACAGAUAAUCCUUUCAACCGAUUUCAGGAAGAAAUGGACUCACAAGUUGAACAUAACUUCGGAGGUUUUAACGGUCGUGGUCGUCCUCAUCAAGACCCACCAAUUGAACGUGAAAUGUCUCUGACCCUCGAAGAGAUCUACAAUGGAUGUACUAAAAAGAUGAAGAUUUCCCGCCGAAUAAUGAAUGAAGACGGACACACAAGUAGCAUCAAGGAUAAAAUACUUUCAUUGACUGUUUUUCCUGGAUGGCAUGAAGGCACUCGUAUCACGUUUCCCAAGGAAGGUGAUCAAGGUCCAAAUACAAUUCCAGCUGAUAUUGUAUUUAUUUUACGUGAUCAUCCACAUAAACAUUUUAAGCGUGAAGGAACUGAUUUAAUAUUUACUUCACCAGUGCCAUUGGGCCAAGCUUUAUUAGGUUGUAUUGUAGAUGUCCCUACAUUAGACGGAAGGUUGUUACAUGUUCCAAUCACGGAAAUCAUUCAUCCCAACUAUGAAAAAGUAGUGCCAGGUGAAGGCAUGCCACUACCUGAUAAUCCAGAGAAGAAAGGAGAUUUACGAAUUCGAUUCAAUAUUCAAUUUCCAAAAAAAUUAAGUGGCGAUCAGAAGUUAAAUAUUGAAAGAGCAUUUUUUGGAUAAUUUUACUGUUCUUAGACAAUACUAUUUUUAUCAUUUUGAAGUCAUAGUAGACACUCAUGGAUAUAUAUAUAUAUAUAUAUAUA